UGCUCAUCGGCAGACAACAUGGUAAGAAAUUUAUGCAUUCUAUAUGAUUCUAUAACGGUCUUGGGUCUCUCGCCUAAACGGAAAACAAGUACAUCUCUCAUGCGAACAUCCGUCUCGGCGGCGCAUACAAGAUAUCAUUUGCGAUCCCCUAGCAUUUAUACCGUCCGAUAUCGCUAACUUACAUAUAGGUUCAACGGGACGAGCUGAACGACCUAGAUAUUUCGAUCAGCUUCAAGUAUGGCAUCCACACCAUCUUCCUAUUCGUCGAUCCGAUGAAACCUCUUAUGGACGUCGCAGAAGAGUUGCUGGAAAUAUUGACGGAUCGCUAUCCUGAAGGAUUGACAUCAUUUUCACUUGAGAGAGGAAAGUCUAAGAUUGAGCUUCCCGACGACCCCCAGCAGAUCGAGUUCGCUCUGCCCAAAGUACCAACCGACUUUAGCCAAGGCUGGAAUGCUCUUGAUUCCGCGAAAACGCAGGCCCCAGCCGAUAUUGGACUGGCAAACACCAACGUCGUGGCAUUCGCUUUCAGGCCCUCGGAUGCAGACCCGGAAUAUGAGCCGGAAUUUCAAGUUGACAUCCCUGAGCCCGAUGAUAUUCCGGCCGAUGAGUAACGGAAGUAUCUUAUAGCGGACGUUUCACGAGAUACGAUUUGAUGUCGGGUACCUAGUGAAGGAAUGUCAUGAAUGGCCACGAUUAUUCUGGGCAGUGAUUUCUGAAUAGUGCGAGGCUCUAAUCUUGAAAGCUGGAUGGAAGGAUCACAAGCCCCACGCCAGGAAAGGGGGUUAUUGCUGGAUUUAAGAUGAGAAGACGACCAUGACUUCAUCAGCCACUCUCAAGAUACAUUAGGUACCUACUAGGUACCUACGUGGUAACUCAUGGCAUUCGACUAAGGUUACUAUAAUUCAUACUAGUAACUGUAAAAGAACGUCAAUAAAUGAAACAGGUACAAAACAACUAUUGCACUCGGUUGGAGCUUCAAGAACCAAAUGGAUCCAUCUACUGUAGGCUGAAUAAUAUCAGUUAUCAGAUGUUAA